GGGCGGAUUGAUACUCACCAUCCAUCCUUAGUGCAUUGUUCUCCUCAGUCCAUGGAGCUCAGAGAUUCACUUUCUACUAUGGGGUUUGUUCUUCCUUCCACCACAUCAUACGUUGUUUAUAAAUCUUCUUCAACGAUAAAAAGCAAAAAGUACAACAAAAGAAACUAUAGUUCAGUUUCAAGAGUUCAAGUUGGAGGCAGCAAAAUAUCCUCCUGGUCAUCCAAUCGUCUAUUAUUCCAAGGAAAGGAAAUAAAUACGACAAGAAAAACAACCACAAAGUAUUGGAUUAUAACUGUUUCUUCUCAAACUGCUCUAGAGGAAUUUGUCAACUGCAGUGGAGCCAAAGGUGUUCAUGAAAGUGCUGGUAUCUCAAGAUCAAAAUCGAAAGUACUUAGAAACAAAGGAAUAGAGCGACCAGUUAUUAUCGGAGUUGCUGCAGACUCAGGUUGUGGCAAGUCAACAUUUCUCCGCAGAGUAAAUGAGAUAUUCGGUACUAAAGUUUCUCAGUCACAUACACCUCAAGGGGAACUGGUGACAGUUAUCUGUCUCGAUGACUUUCAUACCUUGGAUAGAAAAGGAAGAGCUGAAAAAAAGGUGACUGCUCUCAAUCCCGAAGCAAACAACUUUGAGUUGAUGUAUCAACAAAUAGCAGCAUUAAAAGAAGGAUAUGAUAUUAUGAAGCCAAUUUAUAAUCAUCAAACUGGUUUGAUAGAUCCACCAGAGCUUAUUCAACCCAACCAUAUUAUUGUAAUAGAAGGACUGCAUCCUUGGUAUGAUGCAAGAAUGAAACAACUCCUAGAUUUUACUGUUUAUCUUGAUAUAAGUGACGAAGUUAAAGUUGCCUGGAAAAUUCAGAGGGACAUGGCAGAAAGAGGUCAUAAACUCGAAAAUAUUUUGGCUUCUAUCGAGUCUCGUAAGCCAGACUUCCAACAAUACAUUGAUCCUCAAAAAAAAGAUGCUGUAGCCGUCAUUCAAGUACUUCCUACUCGAUUGAUUCCCGAUGACACGGAAAAGAAAGUCUUGAGGGUUCGUCUUAUACAACGAGAGGGUAUCCAGGGCUUUCAAUCUGUCUAUCUUUAUGAUGAAGGUUCAACAAUAGACUGGAUUCCUUGUGGAAGAAAACUUACUUGCAGCUAUCCGGGCAUCAAAUUCCACUAUGGACCAGAUAACUGGUACAAUCAUGAUGUUUCUGUUCUAGAAGUUGACGGAAACUUUGAGAAACUAGAGGAACUUAUCUAUAUAGAGUCCCAUCUUAAUAAUACUUCCACCAAAUUUUAUGGAGAAAUAACCCAACAACUCUUGCGAAAUUCUUCUGCUCCAGGUUCAAAUAAUGGAACUGGACUCUUUCAAGUUCUAACGGCACUCAAAAUGAGACAACUUUAUGAGGAGCUUACGGGAAAGAGUAUUGCACCUGUCCUAGUUUAGCCGAAAAUCAAGUUUUGCUCCACUGGCUAGCUGGUUUUCUCUUCCAGUAUAUUAGUAAACUCUAUGUGCGUAUCUUUGUGUAACUAUGAUAACCAACCAGCAAUAUGUCCCGUUCCUCGACAGUGUUCACAGUCAA